AUGGAGACCGUACACCCUGAUCAGAGCCCGCUCGCCGCUUACCUCGAAGGUGCGUCUUCUCCUACAUUCCAUCUGGAACAGAGGCCGCAACAUGCCCCAUCCCGCCCACACUCACCACGCAUGCUAAUCCGCCAUGACACAGGCCAAGGAUCGUACGAAUCCGAUAUCGACGAACACGAUGACGCUCGACCUAGCUACACCUCCGCGCUCGAUGCAUGCGAUCCAUCGAAUCCUCCCUCAUUCGCACCGUCCUUCAAGCUACUCCCCAAGCCGAAAGUAAAGAGACCGCGGCUGCCACAGCUCCAAGUACGGCAGAGGCCCCAGAGGACCCUCGCAAGAGCACACGAUGCCUGGUCAACAGUGUGGAAUUCGCAUGUAGGCCGAGUAGACAACGCCAACUUCAUCGAGCACUUCCGCUACACCGUCGUCGCCUCGCAACUCUUGAACGAAUACCUCGACCAUGGCGCUUUCAACCCCAACGCCCACACCACUACCACGCCGGGCCUGGACGGGCCUGCAGAUGCUUCAAGUGCUUCUGCAACGUCAACAAGUAUCUACGGAGCAGUGGCGACUGCUGCAGUUGCGCUGGCGCUUGUGUACGUGAUACAGUGGGCUCGGACACGCCGUGGAGUAUCUUGGUCCAAGAGCCAAAUCGCCUUUGUGCUUGCCGUGCUGGCUGUCGCUGCACUCGUGGGGUAUCAAUAUGGCCGGAGGCAGUGGUUGAAGUCACUGCGUCGGAAUGCUGUCACCACAGCCUCUGACUUGACCUCCAACUGGCAGUCGUUUGAGGUGUCGUCCAGCUCGACCCUGUCUUUCAUACAGGAGGUGGAGCUCGUGUCAAAGGGCUACAGGCUCGGCACGCCUUUGCCCCCCAUCUCUAGGUUCGAGGAUGGCGGAAGUGUACGAAGAUGUGGUAGACUCCGCAAGGCGCUACACAAGGCUUACUCUACCAUCAUCCCGGCUUGCAUCGAAGCCUGCACUUCGCUUGGGAAUUUGAUCGAAGAAGAUGAUCUGGACAAGUACUUUGACGUGUACGACAUCUCCAGCCAGGAUGCUGCCGAGGCCGCUGGAGUGGACGCCCUCUCGGUGUUGGAGGACGACCCUGAAUCACUGAAAUCGCUCAGAGUGCUGAGUUUCCGCGCUGGCUUGCUACGACGAGUCACAUUGUGUUCAUUGAUGGCACUGGAAGCCGACGGCGGCAAGCCAGACAUUCAACGGUGGAAGAUUGCAACCGAAGUGAUGCGCAAGGUGAACCAGGUUGUGAGCGCGUCAGCGGAGAAAUUGCGCCAGAUUCUCAGCGAACUAGAGCAUUUCAAUCUACCCAUCACGCCGGUCAAGAAUAGCCACACGCCAACGAGAGAGAAGAUGCGCAGUCAGGUCCGCAAGAUCAGCGCAUUAUCCUCCGGCAUUCGUGGUCUGCAAGCCAAGAUGCAAAUCCUGCGCGAGGAAACAAACAGAUCGAUCGAACAAGCAGAUGACCUCACAGAUCUUGGCACGACCCUGAUGGCGCAGUACGAGUCCAUUGGCGCCGAUCUGAAGGAGCUCAUGCAAGCAUGGGAGGCCGGCAAACAAUCCCUGCAGACCAACAUCUCACGCCAAGAACGCCGCAUAUCCAUGGCAAGCACCGCCAGCGGCUUGCGAUCACCGGUCUCCAGCCUUGGCGGCUUGACCGCCGUGGAGGAAGUGGACGGAUCACCCGCCGACGCGCUCCGUGUUCUCAACGGCGAUCCGUCCAGCAAGUCGAGUCGCUCCAGCAUGGGCACGACGAGUCAGUCUGGCGACGAAGAAAUGGUGUUUGAGGCCGUCGCCAUGCCGAAGCAGCGCCCGCGCGCCAGCACCAUGACUCGCGAAGAGAGGAUUGCGAAGAUGCACGAAGAGAGGGAGCGACAGGCCACGCUGCGUGCGAAGCGGGAUGAGAAUACGAGCAUGCUGCGCGAAUUGGAAUCCGUCAUCAACCUCCGACCGAAGAAGACGGGUGCGAAUGGCUCGACGAGGAUCACAUCGGUCUAG